GAGAAAAGUGCUUGUUUGUCUCACAGGAAGAAGUUGAAAACAUGAGCCAAACCGACAGAUAGCAGGCAGACAACAGCGCCAUUCGAGUUUUUUCUUUUUUACUUUUGUCUCGCUUUCAAAGUUUACCAGAAAAAAAUGCAUUCCUGCUGUUGACAUUUAGGAGAAAUGAAAUGACGUUGAGCGAAGGACUGGAGACAUCUGUAACUCUACAGUAUCAGUAAUUUUGAGCUCACUCAAGCUAUUUAGGAGUGUAUGUGAAAAUCACUGCAUGCGCUUCCUUUGGACUCCAGGAGUUCUCGCCGAAUUUGGAAAAACAUGUCAGAUCACAGGUCCAGCUUUCUUCACAUUGGAGACAUAGUUUCCCUCUACGCGGAAGGCACUGUCAAUGGCUUUAUCAGCACACUGGGGCUGGUGGAUGACAGGUGCGUGGUGCAGCCGGAUGCAGGGGACUUGGCCAACCCUCCGAAGAAGUUCAGAGACUGCCUGUUCAAGGUGUGUCCCAUGAACCGGUACUCGGCCUAUAAGCAGUUCCAGAAGGCCAAGCAGGGGAAGCAAGGCAACAAUACCCAAGGAGACCUCUUCAAGAAGCUGCAGCAUGCUGCAGAGCUGGAGAAGAAACAGAAUGAGACGGAGAACAAGAAGCUUCUGGGUGAGGUGGUCAAGUACAGCAGUGUCAUACAGCUGUUGCACAUCAAGAGUAAUAAGUACCUGACGGUAAACAAGCGUCUGCCGGCUCUCCUGGAGAAGAAUGCCAUGCGGGUGUCCCUGGAUAACGCUGGCAACGAGGGCUCCUGGUUCUACAUCCAGCCCUUCUGGAAGCUCCGCAGCGAGGGAGACAAUGUGGUGGUUGGUGACAAGGUGGUGCUGAUGCCCGUAAACGCAGGGCAGCCGCUACACGCCAGCAACAUUGAGCUCCUGGACAACCGCGGCUGUAAGGAGGUGAAUGCUGUGAACUGCAACACUAGUUGGAAGGUGACUCUCUUCAUGAAGUUCAGUGACUACAGAGAUGAUGUGCUAAAAGGGGGGGAUGUUGUGAGGCUGUUCCACGCAGAGCAGGAGAAGUUCUUGACGGGUGACCAGUACAGGAAGCAGCAGCAUGUCUUCCUCAGGACCACGCUCCGCCAAUCAGCAACCUCCGCCACCAGCUCUAAAGCACUCUGGGAAAUCGAGGUGGUGCACUAUGACCCCUGCAGAGGAGGGGCCGGCCAAUGGAACAGCUUGUUCCGCUUCAAACACCUGGCCACCGGCAACUACCUGGCUGCAGAGGUGAAUCCUGAUUUUAGGGAGGACAGCGUAGACCAGAAGGGAGAGGUGGAGACGGACAGUGUGUUCCCCAAGAAGAAGCGCCUGGCCGGGGAGAAGAUCUCCUUCAGCCUGGUCUCUGUGCCCCAUGGCAAUGACAUCGCCUCACUCUUCGAGCUGGAUGCCACCACACUGCAGCGGGCAGACUGUCUCGUGCCCAGAAACUCUUAUGUGCGCCUGCGUCACCUGUGCACCAACACCUGGGUGACGAGCACCAACAACCCCAUAGAUGCAGACGAGGAGAGGCCAGUCAUGCUCAAGAUUGGCACCUGUUCCACAAAAGAGGACAAAGAGGCCUUUGCCAUCGUGUCUGUGCCCCUGUCUGAGGUCAGGGAUCUGGACUUUGCCAAUGAUGCCAACAAGGUGCUGGAGUCCACCGUGGGCAAGCUGCAGAACAGCAACAUCACUCAGAAUGAGAGGAGGUUUGUGACCAAGUUGUUGGAGGACCUGAUCUUCUUUGUGUGUGACGUGGCCAACAACGGGCAGGACGUGCUGUCAGUAGUCAUCUCUAACCCCAGCAGGGAGAGGCAGAAACUCAUGAGGGAACAGAACAUACUCGCCCAGAUCUUUGGCAUCCUGAGUGCCCCGUUUGAUGAGCAGGGAGACGGGCCCAUGCUGAAGCUAGAGGACCUGGGAGACCAGCGCUACGCUCCCUUCAAAUACCUGCUGCGUCUCUGCUACAGGGUGCUCAGGCACUCACAACAGGACUACAGGAAGAACCAGGAGUACAUAGCUAAGAAGUUCUCCAUCAUGCAGUCCCAGAUUGGCUAUGAGAUCCUGGCGGAGGACACCAUCACCGCCCUGCUGCACAACAACCGCAAGCUGCUGGAGAAGCACAUCACCGCCAAGGAGAUCGAGACCUUCGUCAAGCUGCUGAGGAGGAACCGAGAACCCAGGUUCCUGGACUACCUGUCUGAUCUGUGCGUUUCCAACAAGACGGCCAUCCCUGUCACCCAGGAACUGAUCUGCAAGUUCAUGCUGAACCCCACCAAUGCAGACAUCCUCAUCCAGACCAAGCUGAUCCCCCUCUCGGAGCCCACUCUGGAGUCCUCCCUGAUGCAGGAGGAGGGUGAUGACGAGGAGGUGUGGCUCUACUGGAUCGACAGCAACAAGGAGCCACACGGCAAGUCCAUACGCCUCCUGGCCCAGGACGCCAAGGCCAACCACAAGAUGGACGUCGACAUCAUCACCUACUACAGGUACCAGUUGAACCUGAUCGCUAAGAUGUGUCUGGACCGCCAGUACCUGGCCAUCAACCAGAACACCAGCCAGCUGCCGGUGGACCUGAUCCUGCGCUGCAUGUUCGACGACUGCCUGCCCUACAACCUGCGCGCCUCCUUCUGCCGCCUCAUGCUGCACAUGCACGUGGACCGCGACCCGCAGGAGGCCGUGGUGCCCGUACGCUACGCCAGGUUGUGGACCGAGAUCCCCUCCAAGAUCACCAUCCACGAGUAUGAGUACGAGUUCCGCGACACGUCUCGUGAGGAGAUGAAGAGGAAGUUUGCUCCCACCAUGGAGUUUGUAGAGGAGUACCUAAAGGAUGUGGUGAGCCAGCCGUAUCCCUUUGGAGACGAGGAGAAGAAUGAACUAACCCUGGAGGUGGUGAAUCUGGCGAGGAACCUGGUGUACUUUGGCUUCUACAGCUUCAGUGAGUUGCUGAGGCUGACACGUACCCUGCUGGCCAUAUUGGACAUAGUGCAACCCCCUCUCACAUACAUCUCCAAACUCAACAAGAGCCCGGAGGGAGGUAACAAUGUUCUGCGCACCAUCCAUGGGGUGGGGGAGAUGAUGAGCCAGAUGGUUCUGAGGGGUUCCGUCCCGGUCAGCCUGCCGGACUCCCCACCGGCCUCGAAGGUCUGCAUCCCAGACAGCGAGGACGUCAUGGUGAUGGACACCAAACUGAGGAUCAUCGAGAUACUUCAGUUUAUCCUGAGUGUGAGAUUGGACUACCGCAUCACCUACCUGCUGUCCGUCUACAAGAAGGAGUUUGGGGACCAGAGCCUCGCCGACAGCUCCGUGUCUGUGUCUGACUUCCCUCCCAUAUCAGCAGUGCAAGAGCCAGAUAUCGACGAGAUUGCUGCCAAAGCAGAGACCAUGUUUGCUGGAAGUAAAGAGCGCAGUGCGGUGGAGCUGGAUGACGAGGGAGGCCGGACGUUCCUACGUGUCCUGACGCACCUCAUCAUGCAGGACUAUCCUCCACUGGUCUCCGGAUCCCUGCAGCUCAUGUUCAAACACUUCAGCCAGAGGGCAGACGUCCUGCAGGCCUUCAAACAGGUCCAGCUGCUGGUGUCUGAGCAGGAUGUGGAGAACUACAAGCAGAUCAAGGCGGACCUGGACCAGCUGCGCCUGACUGUGGAGAAGUCAGAGCUGUGGGUGGAGAAGAGCGGGGGCUACGGCGGCGAGGACCUGGGGGAGAGCCAGAAGCAGGAGCAGAACCUGGAGGAGGCCGGCAUCCUCAGUCCAGUGGAUGAUGGGAACAUCAAGCCGCAGAUUGACAGCAACAAGGCCAACAACUACAACAUAGUGAAGGAGAUCUUAAUAAGGCUGAGUAAGUUGUGCUACCCCACCAAGAAGAGCAAGGUGCAGCAACAGAGACUGCUGAAGAACAUGGGCGCACACACUGUGGUGCUGGACCUGCUGCAGAUCCCCUAUGAGAAGAGUGAUGAGAAGAUGAAUGAGAUCAUGCAGUUGGCCCACGGCUUCCUCCAGAGCUUCAGCAGAGACAACCCCCAGAACCAGACGCUGCUCCACAAACACCUCAACCUCUUCCUCACGCCUGGGCUGCUGGAGGCGAAGACGAUGCGCUACAUCUUCCGUAAUAACUACCACCUGUGUAACGAGAUCAGUGACCGUGUUGUGCACCACUUUGUGCACUGCAUCGAGACACACGGCCGCCACGUGGCCUACCUGCGGUUCCUGCAGACCAUCGUCAAGGCCGACGCCAAAUAUGUCAAGAAGUGCCAGGACAAAGUCAUGACCGAGCUGGUGAACGGCGGUGAGGACGUGUUGGUGUUCUACAACGACCGGGCGUCCUUCCCCAUGCUGCUGCAGAUGAUGAGCAGUGAGCGUGAGCGUGGGGACGAGGGCGGGCCCCUGGCCUACCACACCACCCUGGUGGAGCUGCUGGCCGCCUGCACCGAGGGCAAGAACGUCUACACCGAGCUCAAGUGCAACUCCCUGCUGCCCCUCGACGACAUUGUCAACGUCGUCACGCACGACGACUGCAUCCCGGAGGUGAAGAUUGCGUAUGUGAACUUUGUGAACCACUGCUACGUGGACACAGAGGUGGAGAUGAAGGAGAUCUACACCAGCCAUCACAUCUGGAAACUCUUUGAGAACUUCCUGGUGGAUAUGGCAAGGUUUUGCAACAGCGCCGCAAACAGGAAGCUAGCUGAAAACGGGCCUGCACAUAUCCUGUUACAGGUGUGCAACAGUACCACGGACCGCAAGCACGCCGACCCCACGCUGGAGAAGUACGUCACCGACACCAUCAUGGCCAUCAUCAAGGGCUUCUUCGAGUCGCAGUUCUACGUCAACUGCUCAAAUCUGCAGAGUCAUCAGCCCAUCUUCAUUCAGCUGCUGCAGUCUGCCUUCAGGGUCUACAACUGCCCCUGGCUCAACGGCGCCCAGAAGAGCAACAUAGAGGGCUGCAUCAAGACCCUCGCUGAUGUGGCCAAGAAUCGUUCCAUCGCCAUCCCAGUGGACCUGUGCAGCCAGGUGGACAACCUGUCCCUGAAGACCCACACCAACAUGGUGCAGCGGGCCGCCAAGGACUGGAGGCUGUCGGCCCGCGCCCGGCCCCGCAAGGAGCCUUUUGGGUCGCCCGACUACAAGAGCAUCAUCGAGAAGCUACAGAGUGUGGUUCUGCGCUUGGAGGAGCAGUUCUGUUCUACGGUGCAGGCUGAGUUCUCAGUCCUGGUGGACGUGCUGCACAGCCCAGAGCUGCUCUUCCCCGCUGCUGCACAGCUACGCUGCGAAAGAGGCGCCUUCAUGUCCAAGUUGAUCAAGCACACCAAGAAGUUGAUGGAUAAGGAGGAGAAGCUGUGCAUCAAGAUCCUGCAGACCCUGCGCGCCAUGCUGGACAAGAGAGAGAGCAUGGACGAGUGUGGCACGGUGCUGAGGAAGAUCCUCCUGACCAGGUACUUCGGAAACAAGCGUCUGCUCUCCAAGUCGGACUCCAUCACCUCAGGAGCCUUCAACAAGACGUCCUCUGGAGGCGGCUCUCCUGGUCAUGACCACGACCACAAGACGGGUGGUCACCGCGUCACCAUGGUAGACAUUCAGUGGCUGCUGGACAAUGUUGGCGCGUCGGAGUUGGUCAUCGACAUCAUCGUCAGCACCAAGAACGACCGCGUCUUCGAGGAGAGCGUGCUAUUGGGCAUCUCGCUACUCAGGGGAGGGAACACCCAGAUACAGAACUCGUUCUACAGCCAGCUGCAUAAGCAGAAGAAGUCGGAGCGCUUCUUCAAGGUGUUCUACGACCGCAUGCGGCUGGCCCAGCAGGAGAUCAGAGCCACAGUCUCAGUCAACACCUUCGAGCUCAGCACCAGGAAGAGGGAGGAGGAUGCAGAGGGCUCCGGCAUCAGACACAAGAAAGGUAGGGACUCGCUCCACCUGAAGGAGGAGAUGCGGGGCCAGCUGAAGGAGGCCUCCUCCGCCACCUCCAAGGCCUACAGCACCAUCCGCAAGGAGCUGGACCCGGACCUGGAGGGCUCCGGUGGGGAGGCAGGGGAGCAGGAGGAGGAGCUGGAGGAGGCGCAGAUGAGCGCUCCCAUCACCAUCAUGAAACCCAUACUGCGCUUCCUGCAGCUGCUAUGUGAAAACCAUAACAGGGACCUGCAGAACUUCCUGCGCAACCAGAACAACAAGACCAACUACAACCUGGUGUGCGAGACGCUGCAGUUCCUGGACUGCAUCUGUGGCAGCACCACGGGGGGCCUGGGCCUGCUGGGCCUCUACAUCAACCAGAGGAAUGUGGACCUGGUCAUUCAGACCCUGGCCACCAUCACCGAGUACUGCCAGGGGCCCUGCCACGAGAACCAGACAUGCAUUGCCAAGCACGAGUCCAAUGGCAUCGACAUCAUCAUUGCUCUCAUCGUCAAUCCCAUCAACCCACUGGGCAAGUACAGACUGGAUCUGGUGCUGGAGCUCAAGAAUAAUGCAUCCAAGCUGCUCCUGGCCAUCAUGGAGAGUCGGCAUGACAGCGAGAAUGCAGACGAGAUCCUGGACAAGAUGAGACCCCAUGAACUGGUGGAUGUGAUCAAGGAGGCCUACCACCAGGGGGUGGAGAAUGAGGAGGAGGACCUGAUUGGGGACAGCAUCUGCUCCAAAGACGUGGGCCACAAUAUCUACAUACUGGCACAUCAGCUGGCGAGACACAACAGGAUCCUGCAGCAGAGCCUUAAGCCGGGAGUGGAGAUCGAUGGGGAGGGGGACGACGCGCUCAGAUACUACGCCAAGCACACCGCCCAGAUUGAGAUUGUGCGUCACGACCGCAGCAUGGAGCAGAUCGUGUUCCCGGUGCCCAGCAUCUGCGAGUACUUGACGGAGGAGUCCAUGGUCCGCGUCUUCACCACCACCGAGCGUGACGACCAGGGCAGCAAGGUCAACGACUUCUUCCAGCAGUUUGACAACCUCUACAACGAGAUGACGUGGCAGAAGAAGAUGCGCAACAAUGGUCCUCUAUUCUGGUUCUCCCAACACAUCUCUCUGUGGGGCAGUAUGUCCUUCAACUUGGCCCUACUAGUCAACGUGGUGGUGGCUCUCUUCUACCCAUUUGGAGACGAUGAGGAUGAAGGAGUUCUGUCCCCAUUCCUGUCUGUGCUGCUGUGGGCGGCGAUGGCUGUGAGCACCGUGAUGCUCUUCCUGUUGCCACGGCCCAGCAACAUCAGGCUCUUCCUCCUCGUGGGCAUCCUGCGAUCCAUAUACACACUGGGCCUAGGGCCCUCGCUACUGCUACUUGGGGCCGCUAAUUUGCUAAAUAAGAUCAUGUUUCUGGUGAGCUUCAUUGGCAACAGAGGGACUUUUCCGCGCGGCUACAAGGCGGUGGUGAUGGACAUGGCCUUCCUGUAUCACAUGACCUACGUCGUGGUCUGCACGCUGGGCCUCUUCGUGCACGAGUUCUUCUACAGUUUCCUGUUAUUUGACCUGGUGUAUCGCGAGGAGACGCUGCUGAACGUGAUCAAGAGCGUGACGCGUAACGGGCGCUCCAUCCUGCUGACGGCAGUGCUGGCCCUCAUCCUGGUCUACCUCUUCUCCAUCGUGGGCUUCCUCUUCUUCCAAGACGACUUCAGAGUGCCUGUGGAACGCCUGCCACCGGCAUAUGUCCCUACACAUCGGGAGGCAGCAGCAGUGCUGCGUGAUGUGGAUACGUGUACGAAGGAAAACUGCACUGGACCCUCAUUCACCACUAGUGCAGUGUUGUCUCCACCAGUGGAGGAGAUGGAGGAGGAGGUGGAGAGCAUGUGUGAUACGCUUCUCCAGUGCAUCGUCACCGUGCUGAACCACGGCAUGCGCAAUGGAGGAGGCAUAGGAGACGUCCUGAGGAAGCUCUCCAAGAAGGAGCCGCUGUUUGCUGCGCGCGUGGUGUAUGACCUGCUAUUCUUCUUUGUGGUCAUCAUUAUCGUGUUGAACCUCAUCUUUGGUGUGAUCAUCGACACGUUUGCCGACCUGAGGAGUGAGAAGCAGAGAAAGGAGGAGAUCCUGAAGACCACCUGCUUCAUCUGUGGGCUGGAGCGUGACAAGUUUGACAACAAGACGGUGUCAUUUGAGGAGCACAUCAAGUCGGAGCACAACAUGUGGCACUACCUCUACUUCCUGGUUCUGGUGCGCGUUAAGGACCCUACCGAGUACACAGGACCAGAGAGCUACGUGGCACAGAUGAUAAAGGAGAAGAACCUGGACUGGUUCCCGCGCAUGCGUGCCAUGUCCCUGGUGAGCGGCGAAGGGGAGAGCGAACAGAACGAGCUGCGAUCCCUUCAGGAGAAGCUGGACUGCACCAUGACGCUGGUGUCUCAGCUCUCCGGACAGCUGGCAGAACUCAAGGAGCAGAUGACUGAGCAGCGUAAGAACAAGCAGCGUAUGGGCUUCCUGGGACCACCGCAGCAGAUGAACCACCACGGCAUCCCUCCCUCACACUGAGGAGCCACACACACACACACACACACACACACACACACACACACACACACACACACGCACACACGCACACACACACACACACACACACACACACACACACACACACACACACACACACACACACACACCACUAAGGGAAAGUAUUCACAGUUUAACAAGGGCUAAUGACAUAGAACACACACACACACACACACUUACUCACAUGCUCAUCACAAAUUAGCAUGCUAACACAUGCACCCUUCAGACAGAUGCCAUGACAUUCCACUCUAAGCUGUGGUGAUGCCUACUGUGGCCAGGCUGCAGUGUGCCUACUGUGUCCAGGCGUACGGCAUCAUCCCCACCCGCACACCACUAAGCCACCAGUUCUCAGCUGGAGCUCGGUACUGCAGAACUGGAAAGCCAAUUUAGAAAGCAUGGAGGAUAUCCAAGCCUACAUCAUCAAGCUACGUGGCCUUGGCUGGAGCACGGUAAUGCAGAACUGAAUUGGAGGACCCCUUCCGUGCAGUGCACUGCUAAAACUCCUGCUUAUCCACAUCAUCUCAUCUCAGUGGACAACACACAUCUCAAUAACCACCCAAUGAUCAGUGAUGGGCAACCUGGAUGCAUUCGUUUUUACAAUCCAGUGCAAUUUUUGGGGGGAGGGGGCAGGAUAGUGAAGGUUGUGACAGGAAGUGAGUGGGCAGAGAGUGACAUGGAAGGGUUGGCAAUAGGAAUCGAACCCGGGUGGGCCGCAUAGCAAAUGAGUGCUCUAACCAUUUGCGCCACGGUAGGGCCUAAAUGACUCUCUUACCUAACCUGUUCAGUUCAUCCAGGUGACGGCCUGGUUGAUCACCUGGUUUAACUGGACAGGUCAUUUGGAAUAAUGUGUCGCUGGAUUGUAAAACUAAUGAUUCUAUGUUGCCCAUCGCUGCCAAUGAUCAUUACAAAGACACUGGACAAGGAAGGGUGACGUUGGAGCAGCUGAUUGUAAAUGCCUUAGUUUACUCAAGUGUGCCUAAAUGUCUCAAAGGACCAAAAGGGAAAUUUCUAUGUAUAUUGUUUGGUGUGACACUGGAAUGACCAGCCCUCGUGCCACCUCAAGUACUGGUUUCAGGCCGGAGAGGACCAUGCUGGUGUUACAUUUGGAAUCAAAGGGUUUACUUGCGAACCACCCGCGUUCAUACCAGGCUCUGUUUUUUGAGCCUGCUAACAUUUGCUUUGUCCUCAUUUGCUUUUCGUUAAGUGUUUUUCGCAAACGACCUUUUCCGCUUUCCGUAAACUCAUAUUCUCGGCGUGAAUACAACAGCUGGUUCAAGAUUAGGUGCAGGUGGGAAUGAGCACCAGUACUGUUCUCUGUCGUCCUGAACACACUAAAGGAUGGCUCUCAUCUCACAUGCCUAGUGCUCCCUGGAAAGAGCUCUAAAGAAAAGAGGAUAGUAUUAUUAUUACUGUUGUUAUUAUUAUUUUUAAUCAUGUGUCCUGUAUUUGUAUGGACUAGUGUGUGAGUGGGAGUUGUUGUGUGCACGUUUAUGAUCGAUAUAGACGAGAAUGUAUUUUGGAUGUGGGUUUGUACGUGAAAAAAAGUGCCAUUUAAAAAAAAAAAAGAAAAACAGUCAUGAAGAGACAAAACUGGAGUGUUCUCUACUGUCCUGGGGACAUGAGGACAUGAGUGUCAUUAUGCUUGGGCACACCUGUCGUUCUGGAAAGCCUCACGUGUGUGCAUCUCUCCAGCCUUCUAUUAAUCCCUCCCUCCCUUUCUCUCUAUUUGCCUCUUUCCCUCCCUAUUUGCCUCUUUUCCUCCUUUCAUUCUUCCUCUCCUUCUUUCAGUCCAGUCUAUCCCUCCUUCCUUAUAAUCUCCUUUUUGCCCCCCCAAUCCCUCUUUCAUCUCGUUUCUUUUCUCUGUUUUUCUCCAUCGAGGCCUCCUUCCUUCACCCCAUCCUUGAGGGAGGGAGGGAGGGAGGGAGAGAGAGAGAGACAGACAGAGAGAGAUAUGAAGGGAGGUGGGUUUAGGGAGGGAGAGAGAGAGACAAAGUAAGAGAGAUAUGAAGGGAGGUGGAUUUAGGGAGGGAGGGGGGGAGGGAGGUGUGCGGAGUGGAGAUGCUGCAUCAUCUGGUUUCCUAGGUAGCCAGAUAUUAGCCUGCGGAAGACGCCCGCUGUGCUGCCUCCUCUCAGUGUUGCUCGGGACGCAAAAAAGUCUCAUUUUUAUCCUAUCCUUGUAUUGUAUUGUGUUUGUUUGAUGUCACAAACUUGUGCCUAGUGUGUGAAUAACAACAACAAAAACAAACAGGGGCUGCUUUGAGUGCCUUUCUAACAAAGUUGUACAUAAAAAAAACAAUUUAAUAGAUUGUAUAUUUAGAAAAUUAGAUUUAUUCUGUGGAAUGUACUUGAAAAAAAGUGUCUUUUAUGUCUCGUUGGUACAUAGUAAAUGGAGGUGGGGUGAUUCAGGACCACUGUGUGCAAGAUCCAUCCAUUGUCCCAGUCCACAUGCAUGCAUGCACUGCACAUCUAGGUCUGGUUGGUGAGAUGGCAGGGCUGGACUGGCCAUUUGGCAUACUGGGCAUUACCCGGUGGACCCUGCACCCUCGUGGGCCCCUUUUUUCAGAAUUUUUUUUUCUUCUUUAAACGAGGGUGCUGGGCCCACCGGGAAGUCAGUUCUGCGCCGGUAAUUAUGAGGGGCCCCUUUAAGCCAAAAGUGCCCGGGCUCUAUUUCUCUCCCAGUCCAGCCCUGUGAGAUGGCAAUACUUAAUUAAAGGGAAAGUCCUAGCCUGCAUCUGGUCCCAGCCAUUGGGAAUCCAGUAUAAAAAAAUGUAUGUAUUUGCACAUUGAAGCUACAUGAAGCUUGCACUUCAAAAGAAACGGUCCUUUGUUAUGUUUAAGAGAGAGCAAUAGAGAGUGAUGAUGCAGGUUGUGCCUUAUGUACAUGGUCCAGAUCUACUGUAAUAAAGCUGUGAUGAAGAUGUA